GUUGUUAUCUGCACAGAAGUGGGCGGGGGUUUAUUAAGAGGCCCGCGUCUCGGCCAGGAAUUGGGCUGUUGCUCUCCUCUUGGUGUAACUGGGGCCGGCCGUCGUUAGGGCUCGCGUUCCAAUGGCGGCGGUCGUUAGGGAGGGUGCGGGGCUCGAGCCGGCUGCGGGCCCGGGCCCGGGGCGCGAGGUGCGGAUCCGCGGGGGUCGCGGCCGAGGCUCCGAUCCUCCCUCUGACAAGUGGGAGAGCGGAUCGAGGAAGCAGCCGAGGAGAGGCCUGCAUGGCGUGCAGGCGCCGGCACCGGUAUCAGAGGCGGCAGCCUGGCCGCUAGUGGCCGUCUACAUGCUGCUGCUCUGGGCUGCAGUCCAGCUGUCACUGCAGCAGCUGGUGUCCGGGCCGGUGCCCGCCAAUGGCGGGGACGUCUUCAAUGCACCUAGAGCAAGGAAAUAUCUCCAGGAUAUCACUGAUUUUGGAGCCAGGCCUGCUGGGAGCCCUGCCAAUGAAAUGCUGACGGUGACCUACCUCCUGGACCAGAUCCAAAAGAUCAAAGCUGAAAGUACAGCAAGGCACAGCAUUGCAGUGGAUGUUCAGAGACCGACUGGCUUUUUCAACAUUGAUUUCCUGGGUGGUUUCACCAGUUACUAUUCUAAAAUUGCAAAUGUUGUUGUGAAGUUGGAGCCAGUAAAUGGAGCGAAGCAUGCUGUCCUUGCAAACUGCCAUUUUGAUUCUGUGGCCAAUAGCCCAGGUGCCAGUGAUGAUGCAGUCAGUUGUGCAGUUUUGCUGGAAAUUCUGAAUGUGUUGUCCAAGUCUUCAUCCCCUCUGCAACAUGCAAUCAUAUUUGUUUUCAAUGGUGCAGAAGAAAAUAUUUUACAGGCAAGCCAUGGAUUUAUUACACAGCACCCUUGGGCUAAGCUAAUAAGGGCAUUUGUUAAUCUAGAAGCUGCUGGUGUAGGAGGGAAGGAGCUUGUUUUUCAGACGGGUCCUGAAAAUCCCUGGUUGGUCCGGGCGUAUGCACGUGCAGCAAAACAUCCUUUCGCGUCUGUUGUUGGUCAGGAAGUAUUUCAGAGUGGGAUCAUUCCUUCUGACACAGACUUUCGAAUCUAUCGGGACUACGGCAAUAUUCCAGGAAUAGAUUUGGCUUUCAUUGAGAAUGGUUACAUUUACCAUACAAAAUAUGACACAGCAGACCGAAUACAUUUGGACUCCAUUCAGAGGGCUGGUGAUAAUAUAUUGGCCGUACUGCAGUACUUGGCAACAUCUGAGGAGUUGGCUGACUCCACACUGUAUCGUCACGGCUCUAUGGUGUUUUUUGAUGUGCUUGGAUUGUUUGCUGUGGCCUAUCCAAAACGAAUUGGUACUAUAAUAAACUGUCUGGUCGUUGCAGCUACUGUGCUCUACUUGGGUAGAAAGUUCUCUGUAGCAAAAACUUAUGGAUCUCACUAUAGGAGUGAUCUACUGUAUGGAAUUGGCAUCACAAUAUUAUGCUGGUUUAUCAUCUUUGUGACCGUUCUCAUUGUAGCAGUAUUUGUGACCCUAACUGGACACUCCAUGUCUUGGUACAGCCACUUCUACGUUUCCAUCAUCUUGUAUGGCUCAGUCGCCCUCCUUAAACUUAUGCUGAUUCAUACACUGGCCAAAAAUUUCUACUAUGGAAACGUGAACAAGGUUUACCUAUCGGAACUGUACUUUGAUGUCUCACUGACAAUCUGGUGCUGCACUUUGAUUUGCUUUACUCAACGAGACCUGUGCUCUGCUUAUGUGCCAGCAUUGUGGGUGGCUUUUCCUUUGCUCAUGAAGUUAUUGAUUAGCGAAGAGCUGAAACAAAAAGGUCCUACUUUGAAGCUGACAACAAUUUAUUUCUUGGGUCUGUCUAUUCCUCAUCUUUUGACCCUAUAUCUAUUUUGGGCUGCAUUUGAAAUGUUCACACCCAUCCUUGGUCGCAGUGGCACUGAGAUACCUCCAGAUAUUGUAAUGGCUGCUAUUAUUGCAGCAUGCGCAAUUAUUCUAACUACUUAUUUUGUGAGCCUGGUUUACCUGUGCCGCAGCACUAAGUGGACUCUGCUUAGUUUGGGGAUUGUGUUCCUGGGUUCUGCCACCCUUGUGUUCAGUGGAGUAUUUUUCCCGUAUUCGGCCGAUCCUGCUACUCCCCACCCCAAGCGAAUCUUCCUGCAGCAUACGACACGAACGUUUCACGAUCUUAAUGGGGAAAUAGUCAAGAAAGAUUCUGGCAUAUGGGUUAAUGGAUUUGAUUACACCCUAAUGUCUCAUGUUACUCCAUAUAUACCUGAAAUAAAUGAUACAGUGAGGAGUCCAUGUGAGGAUGCACCUUUUUGUGGAUUUCCUUGGUAUUUGCCUGUUCAUGGUUUUAUCAGGAAAAACUGGUAUCUCCCUGCUUCAGAGCUUCCAACCAGGGCUCCUGUUGAUUUCAGGCUGAUUUCCAAAUAUAAGCGGUCUCCACAGCAUAUGAACUUGACCAUUGAGGUGGACGGUCCCAGUCACAUGACACUGUACAUACGACCACGUGAAGGCUCAUCCAUCACCAUGACCUCUGUUGGGGAUGGGAAUUCUUUAUACAACAGUGAUGGAGAUUAUUUCUUUUUCUAUUCCCAUGGACUACAGGCUCCCCCUUGGCAAUUUUGGUUGGAGAUCCAGACUCUUGACCCGACACCUAAAGAGAAGGUUAUUAUUGCUGUAGCUUCUCAUUAUUUAUUUGGAGAAGAACAAAGGACAAGAGAAUUGAUUGCUCUGGAAGAGAGGUUUCCAGAAUGGUGCUUUACAUCAAGCUGGUGCAGUACUUACAACUCGUUUGUCUUCUGAAUGUCUAGAAUGGCAAAUCGGGGUAAGAGAUUGAGAAUAUACUUGUGGUAUAUUCCUUACUGCUGCAGCUUCCCUGUAAGGGCAGAGAAAUAUCUAAAACAAGGGACCAUAUGUCAAUGAUUAUUAAAUUUGAUGACAAAUAUUUUGGAAUUAAGGAAAGAUUGAAAUAAGUGAAACUUCAAGCUGUUGCUGGGAUCUUCCUGACCUCAAUUUUGUGGGGGGGGGAAAUCACUUGACUCAUUUGAUAAGUACUUUUGAUGGUGGCUGUAUUGUGUUCAUUGCCUAUGCCUCAGAGAACCAGCAUGUAUUUUUCCUAUAGUUGGCCUCUCAAAUUCAAAUUGGUUGUAAGAAGUCACAUGUGAAGGUUGAUUUUUAGGAAAAAGACUUGAGAUGUAUGAGUGUAAAGAUAAUUUUUUUUUCUUGUUAACUGCGUGUCCUUGGUUUAUGUGUAACUUAAUUAAUGCCUAUGAACCAAACUAUUAAAAUUAAUGGGUUAAUGGAUGAGGUGUAGCAAUAUUACUGUGAAAUAACUAAGCCAUUAACCUUUGAAUUUCAAAGUUACAGAAAGAUUCAUAAAAUAUGAGCCUAUAGAAUAAAUGCACUCAAUUUGUUUUCAAAGACAUUAGUUUUUCCCUCAAUUUUCAGACAACUUAACUCGGAAGUGUUCACAGGAAUAAGGGAGACUGCUGAAGAUAUUAAAUAUUUGGAUCAUGAACACGUGCUACCUGUUCAUGCUCAUGGCAUUUAAAAUAUGAUGCUUGAGCAGAUUCUCAAAAUACACUCUUCUGGUGCCGUGCACAUUUGGGACGAGGGGUGCGGGUAGUUCACUAGUUGCAAUCGAACAAGUGUUCCAUCAGAAUAAAUAUUCUCAAUAUUAGGCAGCUAGUAUGCAUGGAUCCAUUUAUGGCAUGGAACCAUAUUGAGUUUGUUAAAGGUUUAACAAUUAUUUUAAAACCAAAUGAACCAAUUUGUUUAAUUUGUAUAUCAUUUGACUAAUAUGUUGCUCGGAGUUACAUAACAUAUUGCUGUUCACUCUUUUCUAAACUAAGCGUUAUUUUAGUAGUUUACAAUGGAGGCAAUGAAGUUGCUAACUUGAAAUUUAUGUUUGCACUGGAAUGCAUGAAUUUUAGAUUUCUCAAUUGAAAAGAAAACUGGAAAAAUACAUGAACAAAAACAUCUAGUGUUAGAUUAAUAUAAAUGAAUUUCUUUUAUGCUAUGAUUUUUGUUUUUGGAUCUGCCGUGCAAUAAUUUGAGCUGAUAUUUCUUGAUUUUGAUAAUCUGUAUAAACAGUAAAAUUAAUUUAAUUAUUGGUUGGAUACUGAUUAUUCAGGAUACUCUGGUGUAAUUGAAUAUUAAAAAAAUAAAGAUAUUGAAAAUGAAGAGAA